AUUUUAGUCAAUUCUGCUAAAAAGUCCUCACUGCUAAAGCUAGCUAUAAAGAAGCCUCUUACUAGCCGCCGCGUGAUCCUAAUUAAGGAUACUAUACCUCUCACCGCCUGUAAUGCUCUAAAUAGAGCUUUUGCUAGUAAAGGAGUAAAAGACCCUAUAGUGCUUUUAGUGUCUAAGUCCCUUCAGGCCAAUCUAGUGAAAGAUGUCACAUGGCAUAAAAUCGUUGCCCACGGGAUCCCCACUUCUAUUUUCAACUAUCCGGAAGGCAUGGAGCUAGUUAAGGACGAAAUACGGACUUUUAAUAAGGGUCUAACCCCUUUAGGACAGCUAUACUGGAUCACAUCAGCCGAAAAUCGCCUAAAACAGAUAGCUGGAUCCGUGGCAAUUGUAUUUGCUACGCCUAAAGAGGCUAGCGCGGCCCUGGCAUUUCCAUAUGAUGCGAAAAACACUAUACGACACGUCCUACCGCCUAAUGCAUUAGGUGCUAGGGCUAUAGCUAUUUAG